AUGGCCGGAUAUCGAUUCACCCGAGCAAUAUUGCAAGAUGGGCACUCUACAACAAGACCACCAUACUUUAAUGGUGAACAUUAUGGCCACUGGAAGGAAAGGUUUAAAAUAUUUGUGCAAUCAGCUGAUUAUCAAGCACAGGUCGUGAUCAAAAAGGGACCUAAACCCAUUCCCAGAUCGAACACUGAAAGCAAAGAAGAUGCAGAAGCUUCAGCAAUUGAUCUAGAAUCACACGAUAUUACUAAAGAACAACAAGAGACUCUACAGAUAAAUGCACGGGCAAUAGCUUUGCUCUACUGUGCAUUAGAAAGCUUGUCGAAGUCUGCAAAGACUUGGGAAACCAAAGCCAUUGUCCUUGAAGAUGGAAAUCUGGAUAAAUUCACUUAUGAUGAAUUAAGAGGAAAUCUUAUAGCUUUUGAAAAGAAUCAUAUCCAAAGAUACCAGAAGGACGAAAAGAAGAAAGUGGUCGCAUUCAAGGCUCGAGUUGAGGAAUCUGAUGAUGAUGACUCUAAAGAAGAAGAAGUAGCCAUGAUUUCGAGGCAUGUGAUAGAAGCUAUGAGAAGAUCAAGAAGUAACAGAAAAGGAAGCUCAAACUUUAGAAAAGGCAAGACCCCCACUGGACAGCCAAAGAAUGACGGAAAAUGUUUUGAAUGUGGAAAAUAUGGCCAUAUUGCGUCUGAAUGUCCUGAGAUAAGAAAGAAACCAACCAGAGGCUAUCAAAAACAAAGAGCUUUCAGCAGUUGGAGUGAAGAUGAGAUCUCAGAUGAAGAAUCUGAAGAAGGUGAAAAUAUAUGUUUCAUGGCUCUCGAAGAAGGCAGCAAGGAACACCACAAGAAAAAGAAAAGGGGAAAAUGGUAUCUAGACAGUGCGUGUUCAAGACAUAUGACAGGCGACAAAAAUCUAUUCAAAUCAGUCACUGACUUUGAUGGAGGAUUGGUAACUUUUGGUGACAAUUCAACUGAACGGUAA